AUGUUUUUCGAGGACUUACACAGUCAUUAGUCCAUUUGAACUGGUCAGCGUAAUAUUUGCGUUUUAAUACCCUAAAUAUAUCGGCCAUGGUUUUUCAAACGAGUUACUAAAGAUGGUGUAAACUGAACAUUUUUAUUAUUUAUUCUUAUUAAUUAUUGUAACCACGUUCCAUGUAAUGACUUAUUGAGUGUUGUUUAUUUUACUAUAUUUUCUUAGAAGACACUUUAACUAUCAAGUAUUUUCAACACUAACUGGUACUUAUUCGCUAUAGCGCGUCCGUGUCCGCGUUAUUGUUUACUAUUUACCUAGUUCUCAUUAAUCACCUAAUAUAUUCGUCCAGCUGGUUUGUUUAGUUUGGAUAACUUAAAAGUAAGCACUCGGCUGUUCAAAUGGGUUACGUUGGUGUAAGUAUACCAGCUGUUUUACAUGAAGUGAUUCAAUUCCGACAGUUUGAUUAACCUAAACAAAAUGUUUAUGUUUGUUGAAAAAUAUUUCCAUAAUCAGAAAUUAAGUGACUUUUGUUUAACUUUCUAGUAAAUAAAUUUAAGUUUAUGGCGUAAUUAAUACCACAUUAAUUUAAGCAAGCAAAUCCAUACUUAAACUGUCGAGAACUAGAUGGUACACCAAAGGAUUAUUCAUAAAUAGUGGAUCCUCUAAGGUUAUGGUUGCAGUAGCACUUUGACUAUAUAGUCGAAUAGAUCUCUGGCAACUGAUUCAUUUCUGUUAAAAAUGAACAUAACGCAAUUGUACUUGAGCUAUCACAGCAAGUCGGGCGAACAGCAUGACGAGGCGAAUCUCAUAGCUGCUCAUGCGACCAUGCAAGUCAUUCACAAUCAACUUCUCCAGAUGGGUACAUUCUUUACGCUCAUUAUAUGCUGUCGUAAUCCGCACACGUGCAAUUUUUACAAUAAUCUCAUGGAAAAGCUCUUUCAUAUGUGGGGUCUGUCUAUGGUACGCUUUGUGGUGCUCCACAAGAACUCCCGGCAACGCGUGGACGGCACAAAACGUUAUAAUGUCAUACUGACGGACUCAUUUGAAGCAUUUCGUGAGAUUGACAUUGCGUCCGACACGCGUCACAACAACUACAACGAGUAUUACUAUAUCUUUUUGCAAGUGCGCGAUGAUCAAAUGCAGGCCAAUCUCCAGCAGAUAUUUGCAUAUUGUUGGGAGAAUUCCAUGAUUAACUGUAGUGUACAGACACAGAAUGCUCAUGGUGAGAUAAUGGUAUACUCGUAUUUUCCAUAUACGGACGACUUUUGCGGUGGCGUGGAACCGGUACUUAUAAGCCGCUUCAAUGGCACGCACUUCGUGAACCCGACACUAUUUCCACGCAAGUUAAUGAAUUUCCAUGGUUGUGUCUUGCGCGCCGCCAUUUGGCACAUACCACCUUUCGCCUACUUGCGUACUGAUGAUCAGGGCGUCAAUCAUGUAGUGGGCGGUAUUGAGGGUUAUCUGCUACGUGAGCUAAGUAAAAUAUUGAAUUUCACAAUCGAAGUGAAAGUACCAUCAGAUAAUAUAUUUCAAUUUGGCGCAAUUAAAAUGCUACAGCACGGCGAAGCCGAUAUGGCUUUGGGUGCUUUCAGUCAAAGUCCAGUACUGCUGGAUGUUGUUUCAGGCGUCUCCAGCUAUUACCAGACCCGUCAAAUUUUAUUCAUCUCGAGGAAGGCAUAUUUUUUAAAUUCCUUGGAGCAGUUCAUUUUUCCCUUCGAUGCGAUUACUUGGUUACUCAUUUGGUGCACGUACCUCGUAUGCUGGGCCUUGUUGUCAAUGUUGAGCAAAUAUUGUAAGCAAGGUUUUGAGAAGAAUGUACAGACGUUCCUGAACUCUCUAGCUAUUUUACUUGGCAUGCCAACAACACAUACUCCAAUGCGUCAUUAUGGACGCCUACUAUUCAUCAUCUGGUUAUGCUUUACCCUACUGAUACGUGCCGUCUAUCAGGGUAUACUCUUCACUUAUGCACAUCAUGAUACGAUUGCGUGCGUCCCGUCGGAUUUUUAUGAGCUUGUUGCGCGCAAUUUUACAACCGUUAUAUCGUUUAUGAAUCGGGGUUUACUAACUGAUGUGGAUUUUUUGAGAAAACUACCGGCGAUUACGACAACAGGCUUGGAUGGUAUGAGCGUCUUUGAUUAUAUAAAACACGUCUCCAAGCGGAAUUACUUCGCUAUUGAAACGCUAGAUUUCUUGCAUUACUACGAGAAGCGGCACAAAACGACGGAUAAUUUUGUGAUUUUGAGUAAGGAUUUUAUGAAUUUUCAAAGGACCAUGUAUUUGGCUAAGCACUCAUUCUUGAUUGAUCAGCUUGAGCACGUGAUUUGGUGGAUACGCUCGGCGGGCUUGGUGCAGGGCUGGUAUCGGCUAGAGAUAGGAGAGAGAAAACAAGAACAAAAUCAGGUUGAUGUCAUCAUUUUGGCAGAUUAUUAUGCUGUGUUUGUAAUGCUUGGCAUAGGAUUGGGUUGCGCGUUGUUGGUUUUUGUCUUGGAGAUUUUGUCAUUUCGUGUAAGGAUUUUAAGAAAUCUGUUUUUGAAAAUAUAGCAAGUCCAUGUAAGUGUCCUACAGAAGUUCUUAAACAUAACUUUUGGCUAUUAACAUUUUAUACAUGCACCAAAUAAAAAUAUUUUCUUUGGAAAAUUAUCAAAA